AUGCCAAAAGAGUCAGUUACUUCACUAAAGCAACAAAAUCAAGAUUUAAAGGAUAAGGUCGACGCCCUUUCGAAGGAAACAACGCAGCUGAAAGAGAAGGUUCGGGUCGAUUCGGCCAUUACCUUUGGUGCUGAAGCAUCUGCUACGUCUGGUAAUAGCAAUAAUAAUGCUUCGAAUGGUGAAACCGUGUCUCGUAGUCUACAAUAUCUGAGCGACGGAUACGACGACCUGUCGGCGUCUAAUUCUGGUGUCGUUGAUCAACUCAAGGCAUUAAGCCGUCGUCUUAAUAAGCUUAGCGCUGAAGUCACACGUGUUGGCAACGCCAUUGACGAGGUUGAGGAAAAUAGCUACCAAUUUAAUGUAAAAAUAAUUGGCCUGCCAGAGAAAAGCAGUGCAACCGCAGCUGAAACAAGUGCCCUGUGCGUAAAAUUAUUCCAGGAGAUGGGGGCAGAAGUGUUUCUGUCAGACAUUGACAUUGCUCAUCGCGUCCCCUCGAGGCAGCAAAAUGGCGCUCCGAAACCGAUCAUCUGUAAGUUUGUAAGACGCCUUGCAAAAGCAAGUGUCAUGGAAACUCGACAAAGUGCCUCUCAAGUCAACCCAUCAAAUAUCAGUCUGUCUGCUGAUAGUGUUCUUGACAGAGUCAGAAUCUUCGAUCACCUCACCCCCCCCACCCAAAAAAAAACAACACCAGUUGUUUGA